AUGUCAACUUUAUUGAAAGAAACUUUUGCCAAAUGCAAAAAGGAGGGACGUAAUGCACUCAUAAAUUUCAUCACUGCAGGUUUUCCCACUGUCGAAGAUACUAUUCCAAUAUUGAAAAACAUGCAACAAGCUGGUGUAGAUAUUAUUGAAAUUGGUAUUCCAUUUUCAGAUCCAAUAGCCGAUGGUCCUACUAUUCAAACUGCAAACAUAAAAGCUUUAGAAAAUGGUAUUACUGUUCCAAAAGUAUUAAGUUUAGUCAAACAAGCAAGAGCAGAGGGUGUUACCAUACCGUUAAUUUUGAUGGGUUACUAUAAUCCAAUUUUGAAAUAUGGCGAACAAAAAUUUUUAAAAGAUUGUGAAGAAGUUGGAGUUAAUGGAUUUAUUAUAGUCGAUUUACCACCUGAAGAAGCAGUGAAAUUUAGAACAUCCUGUUCAAAAUAUGGAUUGAGUUACGUUCCAUUAGUCGCUCCAGCCACGACUGAUGAAAGAUUAAAAGUGUUAGGCUCAAUAGCUGACUCUUUUGUCUAUGUUGUUUCCAAAAUGGGUACAACUGGAGCAUCGAAUAAAGUUUCUGCAGGUAUAGAAGAAUUAUGUGCAAGAGUAAGAAAAUUUAUCAAUGCAGAUACUCCAAUAGCAGUUGGAUUUGGAGUAUCCACUAGAGAACAUUUUUUAGCUGUCGGUAAAGUUGCUGAUGGAGUUGUCAUUGGAUCUAAAAUCAUAACAAUAAUAGGUGAAUCAGAACCAGGUCAAAGAGGUAAAGUUACUUAUGACUAUGUGAAAUCUAUUUUAGGAGAAGAUUACAAGUCGAACGCUCCAAAAUCGUAUGAAAGAAUUAAAAAUGAAAUAGACGAAGCCAAAUUCAAAGCACUCUUUGAGGAAAAUCAUAAAUAUAAUCCAAGAUUUGGAGAAUUCGGAGGUCAAUAUGUUCCUGAAGCUUUACAUACUUGUUUAGCUGAAUUGGAAAGAGCAUUUGAAGAUGCUACUAGUGAUCCUGAUUUUUGGAAGGAAUUUAGAGACUUAUAUUCAUAUAUUGGUAGGCCAUCUUCUUUACAUAAAGCUGAAAGGUUAACUGAACACGCAGGUGGUGCCACAAUUUGGUUAAAAAGAGAAGAUUUGAAUCAUACUGGAUCACACAAGAUUAAUAAUGCAUUAGCACAAGUUCUUAUAGCAAGAAGGUUGGGUAAAAAGAAAAUUAUUGCCGAAACUGGUGCUGGUCAACAUGGUGUUGCCACUGCAACUGCUUGUGCUAAGUUUGGAUUAGAAUGUACUGUCUUUAUGGGAGCCGAAGAUACUAGACGUCAAGCAUUAAAUGUUUUCAGAAUGAAAUUAUUGGGUGCAAAAGUUAUACCGGUAAAAAAUGGUACUCAAACAUUGAGAGAUGCAACAUCAGAAGCUUUCAGGUAUUGGGUUUCGAAUUUAGAAUCUACUCAUUAUAUUGUUGGUUCAUCCAUUGGUCCACAUCCUUAUCCUACUUUAGUCAGAACUUUUCAGAGUGUCAUUGGACAAGAGACUAAAGAGCAAUUUAAACAAUUAAAUGAUGGUAAGUUACCAAAUGCUGUUGUUGCUUGUGUAGGUGGUGGAUCAAACUCUACCGGUAUGUUUUCACCAUUUGAAAAAGAUACUGAAGUUAAAAUGUUGGGAGUUGAAGCUGGUGGUGAUGGUAUAAAUACAAAUCGUCAUUCAGCUACUUUAACCGCUGGCAUACCUGGUGUAUUCCACGGUGUCAGAACUUACGUUUUACAAGAUGAUGAUGGACAAGUACAUGACACUCAUUCUGUAUCAGCUGGUUUAGAUUACCCUGGAGUUGGACCAGAAUUGGCAUAUUGGAAAAGUACAGGAAGAGCUGAAUUUAUUGCUGCAACUGAUGCACAAGCUCUUUUAGGAUUUAAAUUAUUGUCACAAUUGGAAGGAAUUAUUCCUGCUUUAGAGUCAUCUCAUGCAAUUUAUGGUGGUGUUGAAUUAGCAAAAACGUUACCUAAAGAUCAACACAUUGUUAUAAAUGUAUCAGGAAGAGGUGAUAAGGAUGUUCAAUCGGUAGCUGAAGUUUUACCCAAAUUAGGUGAUGAAAUUGGAUGGGAUUUAAGAUUUGAAGAAGAUCCUUCUAAGAAAAAUAUCCUAUAG